CCGAAGCCAUGGUGUAUAUGCCUCACUCAUUUUUUGUUAAUGAUCAUCGGCAAGGAUUUCGUGAACAUCACGAUUCAAAGAUUGAUCAAAUUAUUUUUGAAUUGGACACUGGCAUAUAUGGACUUGAAGACAGUAAUAGUGCAAUUGAUCUAGCAUCCAUUACACUUCCAAUAGCGACUUUUAGUCAACCAUCAUCUGCCGUUCCGCAUGAGCUUGAUGUCAUGGCUCUCACAUCAUCUGAAAUUCAGCACUGGCGCAAGGAACAAAUACGCAGACUGAAAAUGAGACACGAGCUUUUUCCUUGGCUUGCAGAAGAUACAGUGAUUUUUGCUAAUUUCAACCAACUGUAUAAAGUUGAUCCACAUAUUUUUGCUACAUGGAUGCGUAUCUUGUCUAGAGUUCCGAAUUCUAUUUUGUGGCUUUUGAGAUUUCCACCUGCUGGCGAAGCGCAUUUGAGACGCAAGGCGGUCGAGUUGGUUGGUGAAUCAGUUUCACGCCGGUUGAUUUUCACUGAUGUUGCGCCAAAGCAUUUACAUAUUCAUCGUGGACGUAUUGCAGAUGUGUUUCUUGACACACCCGAAUGCAAUGCGCACACAACAGCAGCUGAUAUUCUUUGGAGUGGUACGCCCAUCAUCACCUAUCCCAAAUACGAUUUUAAAAUGUGUUCUCGUGUAGCAGCAUCGGUUGCCUAUGCUACAGGAUCGUGGCACUCGACAGAUCGCCACUAUAUUCCCAACGUUGACAGGUCCAGUCGUAACUGCCAAGGCUUAGAUAUUGAUCUUCAUCGUCUUCGUGAUGGAAAUCUAUUGGGACACUUGAUGGUUGUAAACAGCUAUGAAGAAUAUGAGGAGCGGUCUGUCAUGCUUGCUCAAAGUUUGCGUUGGGGAUGGACUCGAAUCGAUAUGUGGUCUGGAAGGCAUCAGCCAGUAGAACAAACCAAACUGCCUAAAAACAUUGGCGCCACUAUUUUACCAGCCGAAAAUACAGCGACAGAUACGUCCACUCCUGAGCAGCAAUUACCCAAUCUACCCGUAUUUGAUACCAAGCAAGUAUUCUAUCCCAAUGCAACCCGCCCAACACACAUUUUUGUUCCUUUUGGUCUUGCAAUAGAUCUUCGCAGACGGCUGUUUCUUACACGUGAUUCUAUGCCGCUGUUUGAUACCCCACUGUGGGUACGCCAUUUAGAAUCUGGUAUAAAUGCCAUGUACACCAAAUGGGUCAAGGGAUAUACCCUUUUGCAGAAACGCAACGAAGAAGAGUUUGUUGAAGUCCAACAGGUUGGAAACAAACCUCGAUUGGCUAAGCGAAGAUCAAGUGUUGGUAAUGGGGCAUCGAGGUGCUUAUUUGUCAAACCUUUGGAACAAUAAAUUAAAUUGCGUUUGAUUCUGCACUGUAAUUAUGGAUUCAAACGAGUUGAUAGUUUGUUUAAAGCAAUAUAAUAAACGUAAUCUAAGCG